AUGAUGCGCGGUACACUACGAGCGCUCGUCACCCUUUCGCGCACGACUCGCAACACAGCGAUACGGCGCUACACGGCAGCUAGCACAUCGACUCAUCCACGCGAUUCUCGGCUUGACUUGACGACGACAGUGUUGCUCGAUGCGCUGCCUGCAGUGUCGCAGUACGGAUUCAGCAAGCAUGCCUACAUCCAUGCCGCCGGCGCGCAGACCGACCUGGACCGGCGCUCACGCACAGUAGACACGCUCUUUCCGGGGCCAGAUUCCACCUUCGAAGCCGCACUGUUUCAGACGUGGAAUAGCGUCUCGAAUCACGCCGCCAUUCGCGCCACCACCCCACAGGACAUCAUCGCAAUCCUUCGCGCAAACGGAACACUCGACGGCGAGUCGCAGAGACCAGUUCGAAUCAACGCACAACUCAGCGAGGAGGAACAGCGCAAGGCACUUGCAAAGGUGGCUGAACUUAUGCUGGAUCGACUCAGGCUAAGCUGGAAUGCACGCCCGCAUCUUCAACAGGGUCUGGCGGCGGUUUCGACCGCAUCACCCGAGACCUCAACAUGGCACAGUGUAUUUCCACACAAGACGGUGCUACCGGACCUUCCCACUCCACGACCUCUGCUUGAGAUGGCGUCCGGAUUCGUAGGCGAGGCACUAGCGCAUCCUGCAGCACAGCAGCGGACGGGAUGGAUCGAUUCGGAUGGUGUCGAUUGGUACGCAGUGCGCACGCGGCUUACACUCGCCUACCUCGCUGCCACACUUCAUGCUGCUGCACCAUCCAUCACGCACUUCACCCACACAGCAGCGUUUGGGGCAGUCGUGGUUGGCUAG